ACACACCAAUCGCUCAAUAAAGAGACCGUAUCAAGCAUCAUUACUUGUAAAGUGCAACUUCUUCUUCGCUAGGUAAAAAGUGGCACUUGCUCAUAUUUUUAUUUAAUAUAAAUUAUAAAAUCCUAACUAAAGAGCUACCAACUCCAUAUAGUUCUCAAUGAACACUAUAUAUAUGUUCAUGAACAAGCCAUCCUUUUUACAUCUUAAAGUUUCUUCUUUUAUAUCAGGUCCUUAUUAGAACUUGGAGGCAUCAUGGCUAAAUCAUUGAGUUUAUUCUUCAUGAUAAUAUCUCUUCUUUCUUUUGCACCAAUAUUAUGUUUGUCUAGCAAUACCAAUUAUAAUGGUUACUUGUACCCACAAUUUUAUGAUUGGUCAUGCCCUAAUGCAAAAGAUAUUGUCAAGUCUGUUGUUGCUAAGGCUGUGGCUAGAGAAGCCCGAAUGGCUGCUUCUUUGUUGAGGCUCCAUUUCCACGAUUGCUUUGUCAAGGGAUGUGAUGCAUCUUUGCUUCUGGACAGCCGUGGAACCUUAAUAAGUGAAAAAAUAUCAAACACCAAUAGGAAUUCGGCACGUGGAUUUGAAGUAAUUGAUGAGAUUAAAUCUGCCCUUGAAGAAGAAUGCCCUCAAACUGUCUCUUGUGCUGAUAUAUUGGCACUUGCUGCAAGAGACUCUACUGUUCUAGCUGGUGGACCUAGUUGGGAGGUCCCAUUGGGAAGAAGAGACUCAAGAGAUGCUAGUUUUAGUGGCUCCAACAAUAACAUUCCUGCUCCAAACAACACUUUUAAUACCAUUCUCACCAAAUUCAAGUUAAAAGGACUUGAUCUUGUUGAUCUUGUUGCUUUAUCUGGAAGCCACACAAUUGGCAAUGCAAGAUGCACAAGCUUUAGGCAGAGACUUUACAACCAAUCAGGAAACAAUUUACCAGAUUACACGUUAGAUCAAUAUUAUGCUGCACAAUUGCGCACUAUGUGUCCAAAAUCUGGUGGUGACCAAAACUUAUUUUUCUUGAAUUAUGUCUCACCAACAAAAUUUGAUAAUAGCUACUAUCAGAACUUGCUGGCUUCAAAGGGUUUGUUGAAUUCAGACCAAAUUCUUGUGACAAAAAAUCAAGCAUCGGUAGAAUUGGUGAAAUUGUAUGCAGAAAAUAAUGAGAUUUUCUUCCAGCGAUUCGCGAAGUCUAUGGUGAAAUUGGGAAAUAUCUCACCUUUAACCGGAUAUAGGGGAGAAAUCAGAAAGAAUUGCAGGAACAUAAACUAUUAAAGAUGAAUACAUUUACAAUUAUUGUGCCUCUAUUUGAUGUAUUUUUAGGUUUUUCUUUAACAAUAUUAUCAACUUUUUUUCUUCUUUUUAAUGGUUAGUUUGUAUUCAUCCUCAUAUAACAAGUUCAUCUUUGAGUGCCUGUCAUAUUGUGGUAAGUGUUAAUGAUGAUUUUAUAUACAUUCAUUUGAA